AUGGCACCUGAUGGCAAGCAAAAACUUCAGAUUAUCUUCGGCUGCGGCUUCAUUGGUGACAAGGACACCACGUAUGGUGUUAAACUGAACACCCUCGAGCAACUACAGCCCCUCCUCGAUGCAUUCCGUGCCCACGGGCACACCACGAUUGACACAGCUCGUGGUUAUCCCAUUACGAACCCUGGCGGGUCUGAGACCCUGCUCGGUAGCAGCGAUCUCUCCUGGGCCCAGCUCGACACCAAAGUUAUCUCUACCCCUGGUGCUCACGCCCCCGACCAAAUCGCCGCCUCCAUCGCCGACAGCCUAAAAGCUCUCCAGAUCCCCCAGCUCAACACCAUCUAUCUGCACUUUCCCGACCGUAGCGUGCCAUUCUCUCAAACCGUCCCCGCCAUCGCCUCUGCGGUCCUCAAUUCACAAGCCCGUCGCUGGGCCAUCUCCAACUACUCAGCCGCCGAAGUCGAUGAGAUUGUCUCCAUAUGUAAAUCCCAAUCCCUCCCGCUUCCCCACUGUUACCAGGGCCACUAUAAUGCCCUCACCCGUCAUGCUGAGUCGCGCCUCCUGCCCACUCUCCGCAAGCACGGCAUCGCCUUCUAUGCCUACUCCCCUGGUGCAGGCGGCUCCUUUGGCGCUCCACCCUCCCCCACCUCCACCACUACUGCCGCCACCAGAGAUGACAGCACCGCCGGCGGCAGCCGCAUCCUCCUGGACAACCCCGUGGGAGCCAUCAUGCGCGAGUUCUACGGCAACGACGCCCAACAGCGGGCCAUCGCCCGCGUGCGCGCUCUGGCCGAGAAACACGAUAUUGCUAGCGGCCAUGAGGUGGCUUUGCGCUGGGUGCAGCACCACUCAGCACUCGAUGCAAGCAAAGGCGACGGGAUGACCGUCGCGGCGAGUAGUGUCGCGCAGCUGGAAAAGACAUUGACGGGGUUGGAGCGGGGCCCGCUGCCGGAGGAGGUGGUGAGGGCGAUGGAGGAGGCGUGGGAGGCGAGUAAGGAAACCGCGCCGGAUUAUAGUCCUUUCUUGGAGGAGAGGAAGUGGGGAGGCGAGGUUAGGGAGUAG